GUUUUGUGGUUUGUGCUGCACGUAGACAGAGAUUUCCUACUCAUUUCUUGACUUUCUUUAAAAGAGUCUUUUCUUUUCAUACUGCAUUGCGUACCUAUUCAUUCUCUAAUGCUUCGGUGUCUUACUAGAGAACCUUUUUAGGCAACUUACUCGGCGACCAGUCCACUUAAGUACUGAUUCACCAAACACUCCUUCCCUGUGUGUACUGGACAGUUUGGCACUGGGGACGACCAAAUAUUUCCCUGCACCCUUUCGCCUAAAACAUCAAGCAGCGCUCAAUUCCGGAACCAGUGCAGCACUUCGAACCAAACCAUCGCGACGCGCGCAGGCGCUCCACCCCCUCCCCGCCGACAUGUCGUGGCUCACGGCCUUUACAGGCUUUGCCGCACCGCUAUUUCUUGUCCUCUCGCCCAUCUUGUCCUACAGCGACCAGGCCCUCGCGAUGCACCGCCAGAAGAGCAGCGCUGGAUUCAGUCUGGACAUCCCCCUGAUCAUGAUCGUGGCGUCGUUGCUGAGGAUAUUCUACUACCCUGGUGCCCAAUUCGAUAAGGCGCUCUUGGUCCAGGCGUUUGUCAUGAUAGCUGUGCAGGCUCUCCUGCUCAAGAUCGCACUCGACAACAGGCCAGGACCGGCACACAAGGGCGGCGAGGCGGCGCUUCCCUUCACUGGCGCUCAAGAUGGGUUUCGCGGCCAGCCAAGACCGUAUAAUUUUUGGCAGUGGAGGUCACACAAGCCUUAUUGGCAGUUCAUCCUCUACUUCUUCAUCGCCCUCACGAUCCUCGAGCUAGUCGUCUCGCCGAUUCGAUUUCUCUACGACAUAUACUCCCCGACGAUCGGCUACAUAGGUCUUGCGGUGGAGGCGACGCUUCCCCUUCCGCAGAUGGCGGCUAACGCCCGGUCCCGGUCCUGCAAGGGCUUCCGGCCGUCGGUGGUCAUCAGCUGGAUCAUGGGAGACGCCAUGAAGAUGUACUGGUUCUUCACCUCGACGACCGAGAUACCUACGGCCUUCAAGGUCUGUGGAAUGUUCCAGGCCGCCUGCGACUUGUUCCUGGGCGCGCAGUACCUGAUGUACGGCAACGGCGAGUCGCGCUCGGCGGGCCUGGAGAUGCCACGCGGCCUCGGCAUCGCCAAUGGGGCCGUCCCGAUGCAACACAUGGAUGUACACAGCCCAAGCUUCACAGGCCGGAUUGGUGGGGGUUUGGACGGGCCGGCGGGACGUAGAACCCCAAGCCUUUCUUCAAACAAGGACUUUGAUUGAUGCGCCAAAUGGGUGUUGUUUAGAAGAAGAAGAAAAAAUAGAAUUUUCGAAGCACGUCGGAGUUUACAGAUGGGUGGAUAGUAGACUCUUAGGUACUGUACUGGUCAAAGAAAUGGUGCAGACAGGGGACAUAGUCGGAGAGGGCCACCAAGUACCACAGCCUAGGGCCGUGCACCGUGUUCAGUUGUGUGAAGGAGAUACCUCCAGUCUUGUGCGGCCAUCCAAUGGUUCCAGCACUACAUGAAAAUUAUUGCAUCGAUAAAAGCUUUAGAGUAAACCAUAGAGCUUCUAGAAAUACACG